AAACAUAAAAUUUAUAAAAAAAUAUUUAUUAUAUAUAAUUUUUCAACAAAAUGAUUUAGCAUAUGCCUUAUUUUUUAAAGCAAACACAAAAAAAACCCAUUUAAAAUAGAACAAGGACGACUGUACCUACAUUUUUGCUAAAAACAUACGAAAUGUUAGAAAAUUAAAACUAUUAAGAUAUUGUUUGUUGGAAUGAAGAUGGAAAAUCAUUUUUAAUAAGAAAAUAAAAUGCGUUUCGAGAUUAAUUAUUGCCAUAAUAUUUUAAACAUAAUAAUUAUGCAUCUUUCGUGCGAUAAUUAAAUAUGUACGACUUUCAUAAAGUAAGAAAUGAGAGCGGUGAUUCUGAAUAUAAAAACGAUUUAUUUUAAAAAGGGAAAAAUUUAGUUAAUUAAUAACAAGAAAUUUUGGGAAAUUUUAAAUAAGAUUAUAAUAAUUUUCUAAAUGAUAUGUUAAAUUUUAAAAAUAAAUAACAUGACUUAGAUAUCGCAAUGAAAAUGCUUAUUCAACAACACGAAUAGCUUUUGCGCGAAAAUAAAAUGUUGUGGGAAGAAUUAAGAAAAUAAAA